UUUCUAACCAAUUAUGGAAUUUAAAUGUGUUUUUUCCUUUUUUAGAUAAGAAUAUAUUGUCAAUUGCCACGUGAAGUAUAUACGUACAAAUAUGAGCCACCCAUAUAGAGGAUAAGAGUGAAGGGAAGUCCAAAGUUUUAGAAGGAUGAUGAGUGGAAAAGGAAAGGUGGUGUGUGUGACAGGUGGUUCUGGUUUUAUUGCUUCAUGGAUUAUUAAGUUUCUCCUCCAACGUGGUUAUACUGUGAGAGCGACCGUUCGAGAUCCAAGUAAUGCUAAAAGGGUGGACCACUUGUUUAAACUUGAUGGUGCAAAGGAGAGGUUGCAACUCUUCAAAGCAGAUCUGUUGGAACAAGGUUCCUUUGACACUGCUGUCAAGGGAUGUGACGGUGUCUUUCAUACUGCUUCACCUGUUAGUUGUACCGCAGACAACCCACAGGCUGAGUUGAUUGAUCCGGCGGUGAAGGGAACUCUUAAUGUUCUUAGAUCAUGUGCGAAAUCACCAUCUGUGAAACGGGUUGUCUUAACUUCUUCUAUUGCUGCAGUUUCAAUAAGCACAAGGCCCAAGAAUCCACAAGUCAUAAUUAAUGAGACAUGGUUUUCAGAUCCAGAUUUCUGUAGGGAAUUACAGUUAUGGUACCCACUUUCAAAGACUUUGGCUGAGGUUGCUGCCUGGGAAUUUGUAAAUGAAAACAAGAUUGACAUGGUUGUUAUGAACCCAACGAUGGUUGUUGGUCCUCUCUUACAACAUGAGGUUAACGAAAGUGUUCAACCACUUAUAGACAUAAUAAAUGGUAAACCUUUCCCAAAUUAUGUUUAUGGAUGGGUGAAUGUGAAAGAUGUUGCCAACGCCCAUAUUAACGCAUAUGAGAUUGCUUCAGCUAGUGGAAGAUAUCUUUUGUGUGAAAGAGUCUUACACUGUUCAGAACUUGCUAAGGUUUUACGCGAUUUGUAUCCAACAUUACAAAUUUCAGACAAGUGUGAGAAUGAUGAGCCAUACAAGCCAAAAUAUCAGAUUUCCAAGGAAAAGGCUAAGAGUUUGGGAAUUGAGUUUAUUCCUUUGGAAAUCAGUCUCAAGGAAAUUGUGGAAUGCUUCAAAGGGAAAAAGAUUGUCGACUUUUAAUCCUCCGCCGCGAUAGAAUAAAAUGUUGACAACAUAUUUAUGUUGUUGUGAACUCUGCAAAAAUAAAAACUAUUAUCUAUGUUGGAUCACAAGUUUGAUAUUUGAGAUCUGCUUGCUUGCUUGCAACAUUUUGUUUUCUUUGGUCUUUUCUAUUUGGUUGUCAAUUCAAGCUUUUAUUUGGAAUAUGAGUGUGUCAACUGUUUUGCUUCUCUA